UCAGAGGCUUCAUUUUAACCCUUGUGCUGCUGAAUUAUUUUAUGAGCAAGAAAUGCAUCGAUUUGAGCCCCUUUUUAAUCUCAUUGAAAGCGAAUAAUGCCACAGUAUCGAACGAACUGCGCCCUUUUGACGACGAUCGUGCGUAAAAGAGGAAAUUUACGCACGCAAACGGGGUUUUUGACGCGCGUUUUCUCUUCUGUUUCCAAUCAAGCCUCCAUAAAUCUUGUGACUUAAUGUGGAUGACAUUUACAGCUCUGUGUACACACUCGUUUUUGGAUGUGGUUUAUGCUUAUGGAUUUAAAUUGUCAGGGCAGACAAGCUGCAGCCAACAUUACGAGUAAUAACAGGCUGUUCGUUUUUUUGGGGGAGGGGGGGAUCAAAUGAGCGCGCUGCAGUUUCCCAUUAGAAAGUUGCCACAGGUAGACAGAGCUCUGCUGCUGCUGCUGCUGCUGCUGUGUGCUGAAUUAAUGGCAGUUGAGCCCAGAGGACAUGGCACCGGUUAGAUGAUCAGAGAGGAUGUGUGACCUAUAUUUGCACGGCGCUGUUAUAGAAUACCGGAGUGGAAGUCUCUACACAUGUAUGUAGCCUGUAAAGCCGUGCUGCUGCUGCUGCUGCUGCGUUGAAGGGGAUCGGAAAUAAAAGAGGAACUUGUUCCUCAUGAGUGCGUCAGCUUCAGUUAGAGAGAUCAACAAGGUUCGGUGUCACUCUGCUGUCACUUUCAAACCAAAGAAGAGAGUUUUCCUGACGUGAAUCUCCUCGUAAAAGCAGGUUUGCUUGGUGCAGAGAGAGAGAGAGAGAGGCAACCUCAAAUCCCUGAGGAGUUUGAAAUCUUUAAACACAUUGAAGGAGACUUGAUGUCUACUUUUCUGUAAGUUUCACAUAUCAUUUGGAUUGAGAGCCUCUCCAUGUUUUUCCAUCAUAUCUGAACUGUCUGAAGAGUCUGCCUGAAGGAGGACGAGUGGACUUGACGCAUACGUGCUGUGACAGUAACGUAGCGUCCAGAUUUGAAUUUCCAGACAUCCCUCCUGCAGUCCAGUACACACGGGAUAAACUCCAACCUCUGUGCAAGGUCUCCACCUCCACCCCCCCUCCCCUCCUGACGUCAUGCACCGAGCUGAAGCUAGUGCACGAGAAGAGCUGCUCGAGCCGCACUACUGUGAAUAUCUCUAUAUGCUCAGAGCGAGGAGCGGGGAGUGUGAAAAAGAGAGAGAGAGAGAGAGAGAGAGAGAGAGAGAGGGUGAGAGCGGGCGAGGAGGAGAGGUGGAGGGAAUACAGUUGGAUUUGGAUACAACUGGAAAACUACCAAGCGCGCACAGUGUACGCACGGAGCAGGAAAGCACAUCGACGGGUGCGUAUAGCCAACAUUUCACCGACUCCCCCUCUCGGAUUCAGGCGAGAAUGGAGCUGCCUGCCGCCGGAGAGCACGUCUUUGCGGUGGAGGGCAUCGAGAAGAAGCGCAUCCGCAAGGUAACGGGGAGAAGAGGGGGGGAAAUGCAUGCAAGAGAGAAAAAAAAACCCGCUCAGAUCGGUGAAAUAUUGCGUGUGACAUUCUCCUCACUGACUGAAUUCCUCUCUCUCCUCACCAUCACAGGGCAAGAUAGAGUACCUGGUCAAGUGGCGAGGCUGGUCCCCGAAGUAAGAGAACAUUUUAACUCUGCGAUGUGGAAAUACGAGCAUGCAUGUGCAGCGAAAUUCUGUGUUGCACUUUGAAUCAGCAGAGAGAGCGCGGACUGUGUGUGUGUGUUUACGAUAGAGAGAGUGUGUGUAGGUGUGUGUUUGUGUGAGUGUGUGUAAACUGGGAGAGCGCGGUCGGUAUGUGUUCCAGUGUAUCCGUGGAUGCCUUCACUAAUUUAUGCGAGGGAAGGGGGGGAAGGCACAGCCAUGUAAUCCCGUUUUAAUUAUUUCUGCUCUGCCAGCGAAUUUACGAGACAGUGGUGCUAAAAUGGCCGACUGUAAUGUUGGUGCUUGAAGACCAUUUGGAGAAAAAACAGAUGAUAUUUUAUUUGACACUUACAGAGCGUGUCACCACUCUGAAAUGUGACUUAUAUUUGGUGUUUAUGUCGUUAAAAAAUCAUCCUGAAUAAGAGGAAAUCUGCCUCUGACAUCAAAGUGGAGGUGUGCUCUACCUGUGCGUAAAAAAAGGUGUUUGUGUGUUUGUGUGUUUGUGUGGCCUGUGCGUAAAUCUGCGCGUGAACCAGGUCCUGACAGGUGUCUUGUUUGCUCCUCCCCGCAGGUACAACACAUGGGAGCCCGAGGAAAACAUCCUUGACCCGCGGCUCCUCGUGGCGUUUCAACACAGGUGAGAGAGAUGUGGACUUCGGACGAGGCCCGCGCGCAGCCUCCAGUUGAGCCAUGACCAUAUAAGGGCAUGGGAGGAGGGGCGCUCCAGUAACUCUGAUCCCCCUCCUCCUCUCCCUCCCCUCCCUUCUCCCCCCCCACUGGACUGUGCUGUGGGGACCAGGCAGGGGAUGUGGUAGUGAGAGGUCCCCGGUCAUGCCAAAGGAGGGUUGGAGGCGUGAAAAUGCUCGUGGCUGCGCGUUUGAACCGUAAAUAGUUUCAAAUUCUCAUCCCAUUACGUGAUUUUUGGGUCAAGUCAUGGUUUGACCCAGUUUCUGAGAGGGAGCUGCUGGAUCGGCUGCCUUGUUUGGCCAGGGGCUGCAUGACCAGGACCAGUGGAAACAGAGAGGCUGCGGCUCACUCCAGGGUCAAACUUAUUUGUUUAAUAGUGAAACUGCUUUGCAUCCGCAGAGUCACAGCAGCAGCAGCAGCAGCAGGUGCUGAAAGAUAGUUUUCACUCUGGGGAUUGUUGUGGUUUUAGGGGAGCUUAGUACACAACUAGAGAUACUCCAGGGAGUGACUACAGUGGAGUUCUCGCUUUUAAAACUACUAAAAUAGCUUUCAAAAAUGUAAAAACGUAGUAUUUUCUCAUUGCAUGAGUGUUGUCAUUUAUGUUCUGUUUACAUUUUUUAACCUCAUGCUGCAGGUUUCUAGAUUUGCUUGUCCAAAAUGGAGCGAAAAUCAGUUAUUAAGAGUAAAACGUCAUCAAGGGUAGAACGAAUAUUUAGCAGCAUAUCUCGACAUUGGCUUCAGAUGUGGACGUUGGUUCCACCACUAAAUGAUCCGUCUGAUUUAAAGGACAUUCACUCUGUUUACUUUAUGUCCAUCUCUUCAAUACAGGGAGUUACUUGAGUGAAGUUCUCGGUCUUAAAAAUAUGUAAACAUUGCAUUUUCUCAACGCACAAGUGUUUUCAUUUAUGCUCUGUUUACAUUUUUUAACUCAUGCUGCAGAUUUCCAGAUUUGUUUUGUCCAAAAUGGAGCAAAAAACAGCAAUUAAGUGUAAAACGUGAUCUAGGGUAGAAUGAAUAUUUAGCAGGAGCAUAUCUCGAGCAGCAUAUCUUGAAAUUGGCUUCUGAUGUGGUCAUUGGUACCACCACUUAAUGAGUCGUCUGAUUUGAAGGACAUUCACUCUGUUUACUUUAUAUUCAUCUCAUCAAUACAGGGAGUUUCGUCAGUGGAGUUCUCGCUUUUGAAACUACUAAAACAGCUUUCAAAACUUUGCAUUUUCUCAAAGUGUUUUCAUUUCGUCUCCUCGGCUCUAAAUGACCAAAACAACAACAGAAUGAAAAACAAUUACGUGUAAAAUGUCAUCGAGGGUAGAACAAAUAUUUAGCAGCAUAUCUCGACAUUAGCUUCAAAGUUGGACAUUGGUACCACCACUAAAUGAUCCGUCUGAUUUGAAGGAUAUUCACUCUGUUUACUUUAUAUCCAACCAUGGGGAUAAUAGGCAUAAGACAAGUACGGCAACACCACUUGGACAAACCACACAAAGAUGUACACUGGAGCUUAUAUUAGAGAGGAAUUGAUCAGCUAGCUUCAGAGAAAACGUCAUUAGAGUAACGUAGUGGAGUCAAGAGUGCAGUAUUUGUCUUUAAAACGCAGUAAUAUGUUUACAGAAUAAAUACUGCCCAGGUGAAGUACUUGAGUAAAUGUACUUUGUUUCGUGGAAUAAUGAGCCACGUAUAGAUGCGGGUCUCAGAGGUUGGGAUGCUAAUGAAUACAAAUGCUGCUGUCAUCCCAGCCCUGUGGCACAUGCACUUUGCAGGACCCAUGAGGCCUGUGAGACACACACUCUCAGAAGGCCAUCAGGCCGCUCAUGAGACUCGGUAAAGACACGACGGCUGGGGAAAGGAAUUCGCAUUUCUGAAAAGGCUAAUUGACACACGGAGCUCUCCAACGUUUCCAGUGCACCGCUCUCAUAUUCCCCCUCAGCCUGCCUGCCCGCCUAACUGUGUGUGUGUGUGUGUAUAUGUGUGUGUGUGUGUGUGCCUGGCUCUCCGCUGAUGGUCAUGGAGUGCUGCCUCUGCGCUGUGUGUGUGGAUUCCUCUCUGCUCCCAGAGGAUGGGGGAGGGGAUCCGACGAGGGAGGCUGUAAUUGCCAAAUCUGCUGUGAAUAGGGGUCACCCCGUUGGACGCCGUUUGAAAUCGCACACAUUACAGCGUUAAAACGUAGACUGUUUAUUGUGGCAAUUUUCUGGCAGCUCCGGCGGUUGAACAUGUGAAGCCAGAGGCCGACAAUAGCAGAGGUUUUUUUUUGUUACGCAUGCAGGGGGAAGCCUGUGCGCAGGCGGCCUUCACCCGCCGCUGGUUAUUUACGAGCCAAUGAUGAGUCAAGGUUUAUAUCAGGCAGCCAUAUUUCACCGACAGCCCCUGGCUUCGCUCUGCAGUCAGAACAAGUACAGUAACACGCUUCACUCCCUCCUCUUCUCGUUCCAACAACAUGCUCCACAUUAGCUCAGAAUUUACCGCCCUUCGCUUUCUGAUCACAACCGUCGAGUUGCACAAUGCGGGAUGGUUGUAAACAGCAUCAUGCUUCCCAGAAGUACCCCGCAUUGUUGUUUUUGUUAUCCCACAUCAUCCUUACCUCAUGACCCUAAUUAGAGAGUGAAUGUACGGAGAGGAAGGGCAUCCUGAAGGAGGGCGCAUGUUUGAAAGACAAGGAGAGCUUCUCCCCGCUGUAGCCUUAAUUGAAUUUCUCCGGGAUAAUGAGAAUAUGGAAUGGGGCGAUUACCACGGAGAGCUAUGCAAAUAAGAACCAUGAUGCUUUGCAGCAGGUCACAUGUGGGCAUUCAUUAGUCCUCCAAAUCAGGAUUCCACUUUUGACCUUGAAUAAGUGGAGUGUUUUCCAAAUGUCAUACCCUUACAUUUCCACGUGACGUUUCGAGCAGAGACACAGUUUGUUGAAUUGAAGGUAAACAUGCUGUAUUUAAAAGUAAUCGUCUGUUUUUUUUUCCACAGAGAGAGGCAGGAGCAGCUGAUGGGGUACCGCAAACGGGGGCCCAAACCCAAACACCUCCUGCUGCAGGUAAUUAUCAUCCUGUCCGUCUUUUCCGAGCCGAUCCGUCCGUGUCACUCAGCGAGGAGCUGAAAAAGGGGGAAGAGGGCUGUCAGGUGUUUGUGAGGGCUGUCAUUAUGUCGGCGGAUAUUUAUAGAUUUCUUUCAAAGGGGUGGAGUCCAAAGGGGAAGAAAAAGGGGAUGGGGUUCUGCAGCUGGAUUUCUGUUCACUUUCAUCAUGUGUUGCCUGAGGUUACGUAAGCGUUUCUUGAGCGCGCUCGUUUAAUCUGCAUGUUCGUUGUUUCUGUAUGCUAAGUAGCUUCCUGAGAUCGAGGCUUUCGGCUCAGAGUGACAGAGUGUUUUCCUGCAUGAAUCAGAUCGGCCCUGAACCGUCCCAGCUGAAGCCUUUUUAGGUCCGACUCCGAGCCGAAUGUGCGUUUACGUUUGAGGAGCCUCUGCUCUGUUUGCUAUGCGGUGUCACUCCUUAAGAGGCAUACCGCUCUCCCGGAGUCACACGUGGCCGGCAAUCAGGGAUAAAGCGUGACACGUCUGGUGGCACUUCGCUGACCUGAGGUCACAGCCAAAGCGUCUUGAGCGUUCCGCUGCAGUGCCCCCCCCCUGACAGCCGGAGAGGUCAGGCCUGUACAGGAGGAGGGGGAGGGGACGGGAACAGUGAGGAGGGAGGUCAUAAACUGAGCUAUGAUUGGACAGUUUGGAGUGCAGGUUCGAAUCUUGUAUUUGGUGUGAUACUCCACUCACAGGAACAGGCUUUCUGGUUCCGCUCAGUCAAGUCCAAAUCGAUCAAUCUGAUGAUAUCGAAGUUUAAGAAACUGGCUUCCUCCUUAGAGAGAGAGUAAAAUACAUGAUCUUACCCCAGACCGUGACAUUUCUCCUCCUUUGGUUCAACAGAUUAUGAUGUUUGCAGAUCUUUACCAUCAACUCUUCUUUUACAACAAUUUGGGAACCGAAGGAAUCAGUUUCUGCAGUUGUGUUCACAGACGUCCAUUUUUGGGGAGUGUUUUUGAUCCAAUGCGUUGACUUUUUUUAAUGCAGGACUAGCCCCUCUUAUACAGAGAUUUACAGUUUUAUAAUAAGAAGCAUUAUCUUUAAACGGUUUGUCUACUUGCUCACACGGGCUCUCGCUAACUUCAUUCGUUGGGUGUUGUUCCUUCAGGUGUUUUUGAAUGACUUCUUGUUGUCCCCGUCCAAACUUUUUAACCAAAAACACGAAAAUUUCUCAAUUUGUUGUCAUUACACUUUUUUAAAAUCAAACUAGAUCUUAAAUGAUUUUAAAUCCACCAGCCGGCGAUCUAUUUGACCUUGUCUUCUUUGCUUUUGUCUCCAAGGUGCCCUCAUUUGCCAGAAGGUCCAGUAUCCCGGCUGGUUUCGAGGAAUCAUCUCAGGAUCCAGAGGGCGGCCUCAAGUCCGACGCCGACCCCGUCCAAGUCCAGCGCUCCCAGCCUCAGCAGUACCAGCUCGACAGCAAGAAGCACCACCAGUACCAGCCGAGCAGCCAGGAGGUCCCCGCCGACCAGCUUCACAACGGCAAGAAGAAGUUCAUCUACCAGCUCAACAGCAAGAAGCACCACCACUACGAGCCUGAUCCGAACAUGUACGACGCUCAGGCCUCCAGGCUCAAAGAGGUGGUCAAAGUUCAGGAACCGGCGAGCAAACCUGCGAAUCCCGGCUGGAACUUACCGCUGGCUUUGCAGCAGAAAUGGGUUCGUGAUAAAGACACUGGCUGCUUGAGUAAAGUCAAAGAGCUGGCGGUGGAGGUGAGGAAACCAGCGGUCAAAGAGGCCGAGAGCGAACACGCCCUCAAACCUAACCCUAAAGACGCAACGCUGCCGAGCUCCGUGAGCAGCAAAAUGAAGAUAAUCAAGAACAAGAACAAGAACGGACGGAUUGUUAUCGUCAUGAGUAAAUACAUGGACAGCAACAAAGUUCACGGAGCAAAGGGUAAACACGGGGAAUCAUCGAGCGAAGACAAAGCCCAAAACACCAAACCAGCGGAGAACAAUCCAGCGCACACGACCAAAAUGGUGGAGUACCCGGAGAACGGUAUCCCCAAAGAGAUCUGUAACGGCAGCCCGCUCCCCGCCGCAGAACACCCCAAAAAGUGUUCCCCGAAGGACCGACAUUUCUCCAAACCUUCGCCGAGCACGGCUGAGGAAUACAACACGGAAGUAGCUCGAGGUCAGGCUGAUUUACCCGAAGAUCUUCCCCUUCAGCUGACCGCAAGCUCGCCGCCGACAUCCUGGGCUGUUGACACCAACAUCCCGUCUCCUACAGCCGUGGACCAGAUCAGGAUCCCCUCUUUUCCCAGUGACCGCAAGAGAAAGAUUUCAGAUACCACGGAGGACAGGAGUGUUUGUAAAACCUUCCUGACUUCCAGAAGCUUCAGCGCCCCCGGCACUGUGGUCGCGCCGCCUCAGGACUCACCUAUGGACCUCCACUGUAGCGCCCGGUGUCACAGCGGCGCUCGUACAUAUGAGGUUUUGGACUCCGGCAGCCAAGAGGAGCCGAUGGAUCUCAGCUGCCCCAAGACUAAGAGGCAGGUGGAACCGGAUGUACAGCCGGAGCCUGAGCCGGUUGUGGAAAACACGCCGCCUGUUAUAGAAGAAACAACUAAACCCGCCGAGAAACCGAAAGACGCACCUGCGAAAAAACUCUCUCCGUUUAUGGGAAAUAUCAUCAUAACGGACAUCACCACGAACAGUCUCACCGUCACCUUCAAGGAGUACGUUUCCUUCUGAGAAACUUUGUGCAAACUUGGACCAAUCGGACGAUCCCGUCCGGAUGUAAUGUGUACAUAUAAUGUACAUAUGUAAAAACAUGAGAAUUUUGUAUAUGUGAAAAUUUAUAAUUUAUCAUUCAAAUUCAAUAUGUUUCUUAAAGUGUUUUAUACUGUAACUCCUCUGUGACGUUGUAGCCAAGAAAGUGCCCUCGAGGAUUUGAGCGAAUGCAUUCACGUGGAUGUGUUCCACUUCAAAACGUAAUCUGUUGUUUCAUACCUGUACCAAACCUAAAACCUGAGAUGUAUGAAGGUUUAUACAUAUUUUGUAUUAAAAUAUCACUUAUUUUGGUCCUGAUAGAAGAUAGAGAGGAAGCUGUUGCGUAUAUGGUGAUCGAAGAUCAAGUCGAAAGCACUUAAAUUACAUUUUUACAUGUUGCUUUGUGGUUUUAGUUUGGAGGGAAAAUGUCGGGAGGAAACACUGAAGAUAUACAAACACACCGUUCUGUUGUUACCCUGCUAAUUUAAGCUGUUUUAGGAGCUCUGACCCUGUUCACACGUGACCAUAUGUCGUGUUUUUGGGGGCUUGUCUGAGGGAGUUUAUAAAAUCCUCGAAAUGUCCAGGGUUUUGUACGGCAGUUUUGAGUUUGUGUGACCCGAAAAACCCUCAAAAUUUUGCGCACGACUAAUAGCUGCGUCCUCUUUUUGGGGAUUCACAAUACGGUCAUGCUACCUAACAGCCUUUAGCUCUUUGCUGCUAACAGUUGAAGAUCGAUUAAUCGGUGGAUGUCAGGAUUUCGUUGGCUAAAACGCCACAUUCGGUUCUUACAUGAAUGAAAGAUGAUUAACUGUUAACACAAUAACACUGAUUUUUAAAACGAUGAAUAAUGUGAUCCGGGAGUUUUUAGUUUCGACUGUCUCUCCUCUGAAGUCUUAUUUUCUGAUCGAGUCGGACAGAGCAGGGAGAAAUGUUGUAUGAUUGAUGAAUGUCCCCGCUUUUUCUUUCGCCGUUGAGAUGAAUCGAAACCGUCGGUGAACAUGCAGUCGCAGCCCGAUCCGUCGUUAGAUUUCACGUUUCAUUUACGGGAUGAAAUAUGACACACUUUUCCUUUAAAGAUCCAUCCCCGUGAAGAAAAUAGUGUCAUCUAUCAAACGUGUGACUUCUCGUUAGGGUUACUCAUCGAUUCCUAACAUAAUUAGGUUGAUUUAUAACCACGCCGUCGACCUUGUUUACUGUCGUCUGUAUAGAAAAUACACGCUAGUCUCCUAAUGCCAUGCAGAUUAGCCAUCCUCAUCUCAUUUUGUUUUUGAUUUCGAUGAUUCAAAAACGCACGUUACCGCUUACUUAAGCUACUAGAGUCAUUAUGGAGUAAAUUAUGCAGAUUAAAUGUGAGCUGGUUUUCUUGUGAACACUGUUACUGGCGAUCCAAUCAGUUUGCAAGCUGUUCUGAUUAUGCUGCUGAAGAAAAAUGAAAUGUCAAAGCUGUUGGAUGUAAGGUAACAUUUGAGUCUAAAUUGCCUUCCAUGCACAAUUAAUGCAAAGCCAGUGUGAAUGCUAAAAUGCUGAUAAUUAAGAUGAAGAGUGCGUAUUUAUUAUGUGGAGGUUCCUGCUCCGGAUCUGAAAGUGAUUUCCUGUCUUUGCUUCUUUUCGCUUUGUUUUGUUUUUGUUUUCUUGCACUUGGUUAAAGUUAGAAAGAUUGUUUGUUGGACAUCCAUCGGCUCAUCGGAUGGUAUGUUUCGCACCAAUAAAGAAACAGAAAUGACCUCUGA